AGAGAUGUUACAACGAAAAGCACUUUACUUUGUUUUACUUCCCCGUUUUCUGUCGUCCGUUUAACUUUUGCUUCAUGCGUUUUAAAAACGAGCACUUAAAUGAAACUGUUGUCCUCUGAAAGUGUUGGACGUACUUUGCGUCGUAACGUUUAGGUGAGUUAGUUUGGUGAAAACGUUUGAAAAUGCGGAAUGACUCUCUUCUGUCGAGUAUUAAUGUGGUGCUCGUUAUGGCCUACGGCAGCCUGGUGUUUGUUUUACUGUUCAUCUUUGUCAAAAGACAAAUUAUGCGUUUUGCCAUGAAGUCUCGGAGAGGGCCACAUGUUCCUCUUGGCCACAAUGCUCCUAAGGAGCUGAGACAAAAAAUUGAAGCCAAACUGAGCCAGGUCCAGAAAAUCCACUUUGAGCCUCGUCUGCUGUCUCCAGAUGAUGACCGACUAAAGCACAGAGAACAGCCUGGUUCCCAUGACUACCUGUACAGGAUGAGAGCACUGGAUGCCAUCAGAGACACUGAUCUCCCUUUCCGUGAAUUGGGGGGCACAUCCACCGCCGUGACGGGUAAACGACUUCGGACGUGGCUUCUACGGCUACGAAACUCAGAGUGCAUGUUCCGAGAUGGCCUGAACUCGCUCAUCGACAGAGUGCUUUAUGGUACCCAUCCAGCACUCUGUGGGGACGAGGCUUUUGGUGAAGCAGAAUUUUUGAAAUAUCAAGAAGCUUUGACUGAACUGGCCUCCGUCGUCAAGUCUCACAACAGCAGCAGCAGCAGCAGCACUCCGAGCCAGUACCACCAGUCUGCAGCCAAAGACCUGACCAGCAGCGUGGAGCCUGCGAGCUCGUCCUCUUCCCCCACCCAAACCACCUACCUCACAUCUUCAAUGCAGCAGCGCAGCAAGCGGCCCAGACACUUCCUGGAGCUGAAAAACUUCAAAGACAACUACAACACUCUGGACAGCACGUUCUGAAAAUCCUGUCCAAAAAAAAAAAAGGUCAAAGACGCGGUAUAGCUGCCAGAAAUGAAAGUGCCUAUGGACGAUGAAGGGUCACCGUCACCGGAUAGUUUAGAGUAAAAUGACAAAAAUACUGCCUUCAUGUACUAACACAUAUUGCCUGGUUUAACGCAUAUCAGGUUCAGUGCUCUUUAUCUCAGUGUAGCUUUGGCCUAUAUCCUGUAUUGAUGCAUGCGUGAGCGCUUUAACCAGGUAGAAAAAUGACUAUAGUGAGUGACUAUAGUACGUAGGGUUGAUUUGACCAAAAUGCAACCAGAGCUACGAGGCUAUGCAACAGCAUAAGACAAUCAGUUUUUUUUGCACAAUGUAAAAGCCUAUGCAAACUUGUUACAAUUAACCAACUGUAUUUAAACACGCUAGUUAGUUAACAAUAUUUGUGGAGAAAACCAGUGUUAAAAGAGAUACUUCCCCCCCAAAUCAAAAAUACAUAUUUUUCCUCUUACCUGUAGUGCUAUUUAUCAAUCUGGGUUGUUUUGGUGUGAGUUGCCACCUUAAAAUUAGUGUCUAUCUGCAUUCUGAGCAGUUUUGAGAUUCAUAUACAUAUAACUUACAUACUUAAUACAUGUAACUUUUAAAAAACACCUCACAAAAUGUUAAAAAAAAUUGUUACAGAAUGAGAACAUAUAAAUAACUCAGCUACUCGGCUUGUGGAGCUCAAAGCACAAAAAAUAAAAUUGAAAAACUCAACAGUGAUCUCUUCUCAGAUAUCAUAACCUGGUUACUCCAGAUCAUCCUCAGACAGUCGUGGAGGAACAACUUUCUUUCUACAUCCACCAAAUGUAUCGAUUCACAAAGGAAGCGUGCAUCUACUGCAAGUUCAUAUAGUGUUACAACCCCCAGCCUGACUCAAAACUGUAAGAGAUCUAAAAUAAUUAAACAGUCAGGAUCAACAGAAAUCAACAUUCAACUCUUUACAAAACAGACAGGUUACCAUCAAACAAAUUACUCAACAAAACCUACAAACACAAAACUGGUGGGUUGGACCAGAAAGAGAAAUUUGAAGGGAAGACACCCACACCAGCCCACAAGAGGUGGUAAUACCUGGGCUCCUUCCUCUAACCUAAAACCCCAAACAACUAAACCUAACAGGGAUAAAGGCACAAAAACAAGACAGUCCCACCAAAAACUAGAAAUAUAACAAACUAACUCAUAAUCGUCACCACAUGGCCGCUCCUGCCAGGCUGGAGGAUGAGAGAAAAUGAGCAGAUAUCCCUGUCCCUCCUCCUGAAAGGUUUCCCUCAAUCAGGGUAAUCAGCUCCACCUGUGAGGACUACGCAGUCAAAAUCUAUGCAAUGCACAACAUAACCAGCAGGGGGUGAUGGUGCACGUUACACCUAGCACCACUGAGUGAGCUCACUUUACAGCUCAGUUGAGGAAUACGCCAAUAAUGUUUAACUCUUAUGCUUUCACAAACCUUUCGCCACUGAGUCGAUGCACGCGUCCUUCUAUAUGGUGAUGUAUUUGGUGUAAGAAGUUUGGUAGAGAGAAAAUAGUUCCUACAUGAAACUGCACACAACAAGGUCUGCAGAUUAUCUCGAGUAACCGGGUCAUGAUUCUGGAAAGAGACAUUGCUAUUGAGUUUUUCAAAUGUAUUUUUUGGCGCUUUGACCUUCACAAGCCGAGGGUCAUCUAGUUCUUUUACGCUGAAGAGAAGGCAGACAUCUCUACGGCCGAUAUCUCCAACGAUCGGCAACUCACACCUAAACAAUCUAGACUGAGAA